UUGGGCCAUGAAAAACUUUUCCACGCCAAAAUAAUCACUAUAAGUGUCACAAUUAAAAAAAAUUCUUAAAGUAAGGUGGCAUUUAUUAAAGUAUAAUAGUUGUGAGUGUUUUGCGAUUAAAAGUGCUUGCCCUGUAUGGUUGAUUUAUUGUAAUAUUUGGAAUCACGUGCCUUCGCAAAUGCUAUGUUUUGAUGCUGGAACAAAAUGGCGGAUAUUUCUCUAAUUCAUGAUGACUGUUUGGAUGAUUCAGAUGAAGGAUUCGAACAAGGAGACUGCGCCACCGGACCCGGAGAUGACCCCAACCUGCCGCCACUGGUGCGCGUGCAGAAAUACGCUCAAUCCAAUAACAUCUUCGAUAGGCAAAUGGUGGCCAGGAUCGUGCAGGACCUGUUCAGGACCGCCCCGGCCGACGUGCUUGCCCGGGACCUGCCCGAGAUCAUGAAGGUCCUCACCAGGAUAGGAGAUGACUUGAUGCUCCGUGCCGACUUACUGGAACAAAUUCCACACAUUGCGGCACAAGCCAUGGAAUGCUCAACUAGAGUAAGUGCGCUGCAGGAUGUUGUUAGUGAAUACCUCAUACCGUUGGUGGUCCGAAACUUAGGAUCUACCGACACUGCUGUCGAUAGGGCAGCCCAUGCCACACUCAUUCGUUUAAUCGAAGAAGAUUAUAUAACGAAACAGCAAGCCGAGAUACGAGUAUGCCCUUCUAUCUUGGCACUCUCUAAAGUGGAGUCCAUAGCCGAUAUUAAUACAGGAGCUGUCACGCUGAUGAGCAAACUGGCGCCGUUAUUAGGACGCGACGUCACCGAAAGGGUAUUUCUGAAAAGGUUCUCGGAAUUGUGCGCCAGUCACAUGUUCUACAUAAGGAAAGUCUGCGCCGCACGUUUCGGGGAGUUCUGUACGGUGGUGGGGAAGGACGCUUUCGAGAAAAUACUGUUGCCCUGUUACAUCACCCUCUGCGAGGACGACAUCUGGGGCGUACGGAAGGCUUGCGCCGAGGUCAUCAUGUACGUGUCCUGCGCCUGUCCGCCAGCGGCGAGGAAGCAGAUGCUGGCCCCUGUUUUCGCCAAGCUCCUGCAAGACGACUGUCGCUGGGUCAGGAUGUCGGCCUUCCAGACCCUGGGCCCCUUUAUAUCUACCUUUGCCGAUCCCUCCAUAACGAACGUCGGAUAUAACAAAGGCGGGGACUUGAUAUUAGUCAGCGGGGACGGCAGCGAAUUACACAUGAACUCUUCGAUCAUGAACAAGUGGAAGAUGGAUAGGACCUGCGACGUAGACCUGAAAUCUCUGAUGGGUUUCAGUUGCGGCGAGAAGGAGAAGGCGGAAACGUUUACGGUUCCGAAGGAGAAGAUCGGCGUCUCGGAGGACCCGGUUGCCGAGGACGCCGUCCCUCCGAGCAAGGACGAUAAAGACACGAUAGUCAACGAAUUGGACGAGUUCCUGAAGGAGGUCGUGGAGACCGUCAAGAAUACCGUCCUCAGCUGCAGGACGGUGGAGGUGGAGCAGGGCGUCAUAGGAGAAUGGAAGAGUAAGGGCAGGAGGACGGAGGGAGCGAGCGGCGCGCAUGUGAUAAACGACAAACCCCAAUGUGAUAACCUAGCUGAAAUAAUUAAUAGUGAAUUGAAAGAUGGAUUGAGCGAUGUUAGCUUAGACGGAAGCGAGAAACGUAGCGGGGAUAGUGAUAUUAGCGAACCUUUAUCGAAUCGUAUAGACGGGAACGGUACGAGUAGCGUCGAAAUUAGAGAGCCCGUCGAGGAUGGCGAUGGCAAAAAGGUAAAUUUCGUUCGUAGUGAGAAUGAUGCUAGAGAAGAUGAUGAUUUGCGUUUAUUUAAUUCGUAUAAUUAUUGGUACACGAGUCCCGAUAUGCCCUUAGACCCCAGUAUUAUUGCAGGCGACCGGUCACCCAUGUCGGAUAAUUGUUUUGGCGAUGUGGGGUCGCACCUGGAAGACUUAUACUUUACUAUCAAUCUCAGUGAUUCCCUCGAAGACACAAAGACGUUCAAUGACGACUCUACCAUGUCACUCGAAGAUUUCAGCAACACUUGUAGCAGUACAAAAAUAGAUGUAGUCGUCCGCAGAGAGCCGGAUCAGGACAUCGUGCCCCAGCUCCUGAUCGACCAUUUCAUAUCGAUGACCGACCCCAAUCAGGCCAUAAACAUCGACAAUGAAGUGACAUACCACUGCGCUUUCUCCUUGCCGGCCGUCGCCCUAACCUUGGGAAGCAACAAUUGGCACCUGCUGAAGAACACCGUCGACUGCUUGGCUGGCGACAUGCAGUAUAAAGUCAGGAGGACGGUCGCCAGUUCCCUUCACGAGCUCGCCUUGAUCCUGGGCCCGGAAAUAGCGACGAACAACCUGACGCCGCUCUUUGACGGCUUCAUAAAGGACCUGGACGAGGUCAGGAUAGGCGUGCUGAGACACCUGGCCCACUUCCUGAGACUGAUCAGUCCGGCAAAGAGGAACGUGUACCUCCCGAGGCUGGCCGAGUUCCUUCAGACCGACAACGAGUCCAACUGGCGGUUCAGGCAGGAGCUGGCGAAGCAGCUGCUGUUAGCCGUGACGCUGUUCAAGCCCGCCGACACUGCCAAGCACAUCGGGGUCAUCGCCAGGGAUCUGCUGUGCGACAAGGUGGCGGCCGUGCGGCAGGUGGCUUUGUCGUUGAUAACCGAAAUCAUCAAGUACACUUCGACGGAACACGCGUUGAUGACGAAUCUUUUAGUUACGUUGGCCGAACGUUUCGCUCAUUCCAAACAAUGGAAGAGGAGGCAGACUUUCGCUCUGUUGUGCUCGGAACUCCUCAAGGAGCAGGCGCUGCCGCCCGAACAGUUCGCUUCCGAUUUGCUGCCUCACCUCAACGACCUGAGCUGGGACCCGGUCGCCAACGUGAGGCUGGUGGUGGCGAGGUGUCUGGCCAAACAGAUCAUCACCAACGACUACUUCUCCGAUCCGCGGAACGAACAGUACGAAGGGUUGGAGAAGGUGCUCAGGAGAUUGCAAGCGGACAAAGACAGAGACGUGCGGCAGUCUGCCGAAGUGGAUUAGUCUACCCCCGCCCCGACUAUUGGAAACUUGUUUGUUUAUAUUCCUGUUCACAUUACCAGGCUCGGCCGCGUUUCGUUCAAAGACGUGGCAGUGAUGGAACCGUUACUUAACGCGCGAAGUAGUUGUAAGUCUCAAAGUUAUCGCGUCGCGCUGACAAUUACUUUUUUUUCCGAUAUUAUAUUUUUUUAGAAAGUUAUAAAAUCUACUGCUUUAUUUUUGAGAAAUGCGGCUGGGUUACCAAAUACUGUUAUGAUUCCUAAAUUUUAUUCCUCUUUUAUUGAUUUUAUUGAAAUUGUUUUAGCAGUUUUUGUUUUUUUUUCUUUUUGAAGUGGCUUGAAAGAUUUUGUGAAAUUUGUUGUAAUUUUUAUUGUACCGUUUAAGUUGUAAUAUAUGUAUUAAAGUUUAAAAUGAAUUAAAAUAUUUGUGCAA